AUGAUGUUUGUGAUGAAUGCUGCGUCGCGGUCGUUGCCGCCGUAUAGGUCGGUGUCGAAGGUGACGGAGGUCAACCCAAAGCCAGUUGCUGCUCCAUACGCCUCCGCUCUUCCUGGGUCUUCGCGAUCUCCGGGUCCAUGGCGAAAUGGUCGAACGAUUUGGGGUUUCCGGCCAGAUCCGGCCGAAACCGGCUUUGGGUUGUUUUGGUUAGAACAAAACAUGCAACAGUUUCAAAGUUACUAUAAAUCAGAGGCACGUACAAUACAAACUAGCUUCUCUCAAGGAGUUCUCUCAGCCAAUAAAAUUUCAUUCUACAAACCAAAAUCAAAAGCUGAGGCCAAACAACUCGCUGCCAAGAAACACAGCGAGGCAGAGAGGAGGCGCAGGAUGCGAAUCAAUGGCCAAUACGCCACUCUUCGCAAUAUCCUUCCAAACUUGAUCAAAAUGGACAAGGCGGCGGUGCUGGCAGAGACGGUCCGGCAAGUGAGGGAGCUGAGAAAGGCAGUUUCUGGUCUGGAAGCAGUUUGUAGUGGUAAGGAUUGUGUGUUCCCGGGUGAGAUGGACAAGCUGAGUUUGGAAAACUGUGACGAUGAGCAGGGGCUGGUGAAGGCCACGUUCAGCUGUGAGGAUAGGCCAGGAUUGAUGUCGACGGUGGCAAAGGCGCUGAGAACGGUGAAAGGGAGGGUGGUGAAGUCUGAAAUGGUGACAGUGGGUGGGAGGACCAAGAGUGUUUUGUGGGUGCGAGGGCUGGGUGGUGGAAACGAAGGGAUUGUGAUGCUAAGGAGAGCUUUGAAGGUGGUCAUAGAGAGGCCCAUAUUGUCAGGGAUGAUCAGCAAUAACCCACGGUUCACUUGA